GGCUUCCGACCGUUUCGUUCAGUUCCUUAGAAGACUCGAGGGAGAGAGAAUUGUGCGGGAAAAGGAAAGACGCGCGACGAUCAGCGACGACGAUUCUCAGUUCUGAGCAGAGACCAGAGAGGAGAGAGAGUGAGAUAGAGAUGUACGAAUCGAAGCUACGGGAACUAUGCCAUCAGAAGGGGUGGGAUUCGCCUCAGUACACGAUCAAAAUCGGCCCUGAUCCCAACAAACGCUUCACCGCCACCGUCACUGUCACCACUGACGACAUCCCCUUUCACGCCACUGCCUUUCUCUGCCGAACCAUGCAAGAGGCUCAAAGCAAAGCGGCUAUGCUCGCUUUCGACUACUUCUGCCGAUCCCCCGACCUUCCUCCUUCCCCCGCCGCUCCUGCUUCUUCAUCCCCCUCCGCCGCUGGUUUGCCAGAUGCAAGUACAAGCUUGGAUUAUACAAAACUGCCGAUUGAAGUUCCUUCAGGAGUAAAAGAUGAUCCGAAGCUUAAAGGUACAGCAGGCCUGGUCCCUGUAGAUCUGCCACCUGGAAGUGAGAUAAUGAAAGCGUUGGAAGUGUCGUCUUCCUUCUUGCAAUCUCUCGUCAUUGGCGAUGUGAAAGAGAGCGUGCCAAAAGCCAACUGUGCAACUCCUGAAGCACAAAAGGAGGAACAUACAAAUGGAAACACAAAAAAAUCAUCUCCAAAGCCGCCGCCGACUACCACGACGAAUACUGAGGUUAGCACUAUUCAAGGCUUGGAGUUGGUGCCACAACCAAAGAGACAGAGGUUAGAUGUUGAGGCUCCAGCAGAAGCAAGUGCAAGAAUCACCUCCCUGCCGCCAAAAAUUGUGGUUUACCCCCGGGCGCGGAACGUCCCAUUUCCGGAAGGUGCCACUGAGAUGCCCUUCAGCAACGAAAAGUGGGUAGCCUUGAAGAUGUAGUUCGAAAUUUUCCUCUCUUUUUUUUUGUAAUCUUUUUCUAAUACAAACAAAUAGUUAGAGAUGGUCUUAGGUAGUUUGGUUAUUGUAGAUAAUGUUGUGUCAGACAAAGAAUGUGGGUAAUUAUUUUAUAAAUUGAAUGGUGUUUUAUGAAAACAAGAUCUUGACAGGACGGUGGAUUACACCAAAUGGGCUUUUGCAUGUAUUGUGCGAUAGAAUUAAGCAUCUAUUCUAUUAAAUAUAUAAGC